CGGAUUGGACGCCAGCAGAACUGGAGAGAUAGACGCUGCUGGGCGAAUCCCACAUAGGAUGCUACAGAACCGGAGUUCGCCGGACAGUUGUGAGCAGCUGGGCGUUGAACACUUACAACAUCUCCCAGCUGCUAUGUAUUAAAACAAACAGCAGUUUACCCGAUCUGAAACGAAAUCCAUCAAUGGCCUCCAGCGAGUUGCGUUGUGAAUGGAUUUUAGGAGGUGUUGCAAGCUUUAACAUUGAGAGCGGAUGCCUGAAUGAGAUGGUCUGAUAUUGAACCUGUGAUAUUGGACAUUCGGUUACGCCAUUGGAAGCACAACUUGAAAAGACGACCUGGAUCCCGGAAGAAAUGUUUUAUUCCCUUUGCCAGUGAAAUAGGGUAUGAUGCGUUGUCAAUGGCAACUUGAAGGGAUCAAUUUCACUUUCGUUCGGGGCAGGUUUAUGCCGGAAACAAACUGGAUUUUUUCAGCGGCUCACGGAGAUUCUGUUAAGCCUGCUAAAAGCAACUAAGAGACAACAGGUAGCGUGUGUUCAGUAUUACAAACUGCUUUUGCACAAAAGGGGUGACAUUUUAUUCAAGCAUCCUAACUGAAUUUGUACUGUCCUCUUUAACGCUGAUGCUUCUGUGAGAAUUAGUCUUCGUUUCAGGAACACAGGCCCCACAGACGGCUAUUCACCAUGGAGAACAUUUCAGACGUUGGGGCUCGGAAUAGAUCCUGUUACGGUUCGGCGGAGAUGUGUGAGUUUUACGAUGGGACAGACACUAACUUCACAGUCCCUGAACAGUACCCAGAUUUCUACAUAGUGCUUCCAGUGAUCUAUUCUGUGAUCUGUGCUGCCGGGCUCACAGGCAACACGGCGGUGAUUUAUGUCAUUCUCAAAGCUCCUAAUAUGAAGACAGUGACUAACAUGUUCAUUUUAAAUCUGGCGAUUGCAGAUGAUUUGUUCACCCUGGUGCUGCCCAUCAAUAUAGCGGAUCAUCUCCUAUACUACUGGCCCUUCGGAGAAAUCAUGUGCAAGCUCAUCCUUUCCAUUGACCACUACAAUAUUUUCUCCAGCAUUUAUUUCCUGACGGUUAUGAGUGUAGACCGCUACCUUGUGGUCCUGGCCACCGUGCGCUCCAAGAAGCUGCCGCAGCGCACUUACAGGGCGGCCAAGAUCAUCAGUCUCUGCGUCUGGCUUCUGGUCACCCUCAUCGUCUUGCCGUUCACCAUCUUCGCCGAAGUCUACACCGAUCCCAUGAACAGGAAGAGCUGCGUGCUGGUGUUCCCCAGACCAGAGCGGGCCUGGUUGAAAGCCAGCCGCAUCUACACUCUGAUCCUGGGCUUUGCCAUCCCGGUUUCCACCAUCUGUCUGCUCUACACCAUGAUGCUCUACAAGCUGAGGAACAUGCACCUGAACUCGAACGCCAAAGCCCUGGACAAAGCCAAGAAGAAGGUGACACUGAUGGUCUUCAUCGUGCUGGCCGUGUGCCUGUUCUGUUGGACUCCCUUUCACCUGACCACCAUUGUCUCUCUGACCACCGAUGUUCAAGAGACGCCUCUUGUGAUCGGUAUCGCCUACUUUAUCACCAGCUUAAGCUACGCCAAUUCCUGCUUAAACCCCUUUCUGUACGCCUUUCUGGACGACAGUUUCCAGAAGAGUUUUAAGAAAUUAUUGGAGUGCAGAGCAGCGUAGAAGGAAAAGGAAAAACAAAUGUUAGGCAGGGCUUUGACCAAAACCGGGGCUUGAUUUUAUCAAGUAUGAUUGUUUUAAUCGAAACGCGACAGUGCAGUGCUAACUACAAACUUCCCUGCCGCCACUUCUUGUUGCAGGCUGAUGCUAAAUGGUAACAUUUGUGAAAGGUCACUCCGGUAACAUUCACCAGCUUGGCAGUAAAUCCCCCACUAAGGGCACUGCAGCAGUGCGAACUUUAUUAUCUUGGCUGUCCUCGUGUUGACUGUGACCCGCCGGAAUGAUUCUACAUUAACUUGAAAUUUCGAUGUAUUUGUAGGACGAGCCCGUGAGGGUGAGAGUUAAAUUAACUGUUUUGUUUGGGUAGCCUGUAACGCCAGAUAUUGCCGUUAUGUAUGUGCAGAUUUAUGCAGAAAGGGUAGUAUUGUACAUUUCAAAGGGCCAUCGACGUCCUUCAUAUUUUGGGAGAUUGCAUGUUGAAUGCACUAAGUUCUGAGCCUUGCCUCCUGAACUUCUUUAUGAUCUAAACGUUGUUGCACUUUCUCUUCCCUAUUACUAUUCAUGUGUAUUGUCUAAAUGGGAUAAUGUGUAAACCUAUGGCUGCUAGCUGAUCUGCUGUUGUAUUUUUAUUGUUCUUACUCUCGAAUCAUUGCCAAUAAACCUUGCUAAAAAUUC